CAACCUCGCGAACUGCUCUCUAAGUGGCUCCAUCCCCUCCACAUUCAGUGCCCUCACCUCCCUCUCUCUCCUCGAUCUGAGUCACAACAGCCUAUGGGGCACAACGCCGUUGUUUCUCAGCCUGCUGACGCAGCUCAGGCGCCUGGAUCUGAGCGACAGCACCUUGCACGGAUCCAUCCCGGGCGGCCUUUGGGUGCUCCCCGAGCUGCGACACCUAGAUCUCUCGUCCAACCACAUCAACUCAACCGUCCCAGCCUCUUUGGGCGGACUCAAGUCGCUCACCGCCCUUGACCUGAGCAACAACAGCUUGACUGGCAGCAUCCCAUGGAGCCUUGGCUUUCUGACGAGACUCGAGUCGAUCAACUUGUCCAAGAACGGCUUGUCAGCCUCCAUCCCAUCAUCUCUCGGCCUCUUGACUCGCCUCUCAACCCUCAUCCUAUCAAGCUGCUCUCUCAACGGCACGGUUCCGGGCAUGCUGAGCUAUCUCACUCGCCUGCACACCCUCGACCUCAGUGCCAAUGCCUUCCAAGGCACUCUCUCUCAAGGGCUGGGGAAACUUCAGCAGCUGCAGCACCUUGACCUGAGCAGAAACCAGCUGAAUGGCACUCUGCCUGAGGGCCUCGGCAGAAGCUCCCUCCUCUCCCACCUUGAUCUCAGCGCCAACUCUCUCAACGGCACUCUGCCCCAGGGACUGCAACAACUCACAGCUCUCACUUAUCUCAAUCUGGCCAGCAACGCCAUCAAUGGCUCCAUCCCCGACUCUCUAGGAAGCCUCACCAACCUCAUCUCUCUUAACUUUACAAAGAAUCUCCUCAACGGAUCCAUUCCAUCGUCAUUUGGUGAAUUCGCCCACCUCCUCUACUU